CUACAACCAGGACCUUGGCAAGUCGCUUUGCUCUCUGUACUCACUCUACUUUGGGACAUAGUGUGCGAUUAAAAACAAAACAAAACAAAUAAACAGUGGAUUUAGGAGCGAGUGGCCGAGACUGCGUGCUGAUAAAAGGGACUGACGAAGCUGAUACCAGAAGUGGAAAAAGUCAACUGCCUUAUCUCUGAGGAGAAACCCAUCUACCUAACACAAGACGCUGAGGGUGACUUGUCUGAUACCGAGCCUUCUGUGGGGACAGAGACAUUGGGGAAGCCAGAGGGGGAGAAGUGAGAUCCAUACAAGCUCGGCAGGUCAAACCCCCUCAUACAGGCAGGGGACUUGCAGGUCCGGGAAGAACAGACUUUGGACCUACACUGUCUACUAGACUCACAAGGUCCACUCAGAUGCCUCUAAAGAACUCGCUCUACUUCAAGUCGGCGACCCUGCGGUGGUCCCGCAAGCAGAAGCCGAAGGUCAUGCUCUCCAGCAGCAUGAUCAGCCAGCCGCUGGGCGACUUCCGCCACCUCUCCCACAUCGGCCUCGACGAGUCCUUCGGCGACGUCUCCGCCUUCCAGCGCAGCGGCAGCCUGGUGCUGCACGGCUCCCGCAGCGACCAGAACCUGUACCUGGUGGGCCCGCCGCCGCCCAAGCCGCCCCGGCUCCUCACCCCGGAGGAGGCCGCCGCUCAGGCCCGCAGCAGGGCCACCAGCCCCACUCACAAGAAGAGCCACUCGCUCCCCCUGCUGGACGAAGUCGAGGUGGUGCACCUGCCCUGCGCUGAUCAAGCGGACGGCGAAGUGGACGGCCUCGUCGGACUGAGCGCCAAACUGCCCCCUAAAGCCCAGCGGUGCGGUGUGAGCGUUGUGGGAGCAGACGACCUUCCCUUGUCUCUCAACCUGGACCUGGGGCCCUCCAUACUGGACGAUGUCCUAAAAGUGAUGGACAGCCAUUGAGAAUCUGCUGAACAGCCAUUACAUUGGUGGACUGCUGUACAUAGACGUUAUGACAAAAAAAGCCCUUUGGCACUACAAACUGUACUGAGGUAAUUGAUAAGGAAGAGAUGACAUAAUUGAUCCCUUAAACAGGGUGUGGGGACAUGAAGGAAGUUCCUUGUUCUGCCUAUGAUUACCCACUUCCCAGCAAUUUGUAAAUAUCUUCUUAUUUUUUAAAGUGGGAGAUACUGGGUAAAGGGAAACACCUUUCAUUUACUUUUAACUAUAAGCACUUCUAUGGUUUAAAGGAGUCACCAUAGAAGGUACAAUCCUCAUUGAGUAUCAAUGCCUCAUGGUGUAUUUUCCUCUACAUAGAGGAAACAUGUUGUAAGCUAAACUAGUCUGGAAAAGGCUAAAAUUACUCCUGGUCCUCAGGUCCUUGGCUUAAGAACCCCUUUGUGUUGUUGUACAUAUUUAUUAUACAUGACUUAAUGGUCUGAUCAUACUUAUUAUCCAAGUCAAUAAAAUAUAUUUGAAGAAUCA